ACUGUUUAUUAUGGAAAACAGACUCGAGACAACUAUGAGCGGUUGAAUCCGUAUUAGAUUGUAAUUUUCUGACCAGGACAACCCCUGAUUGGGAACACUUCUGUAACUCCCAAAUGUUAGGAACCUUUGGUAAAAAGCGUCAAAUCCUUAUUUGCUUACUUGAGAGCUCAUCGCAGCUUCUAAACCCUAUGCCACUCCAUCUCUCCCACCAUCGCUUCCUGGCGUAGGUGUGUGUAUGGCAGCAAAAUCACCGAUUUUGGGUUCUAUCCAAAACCCUAAUUUCCCAAAUAGCCCCAAUUCCACUGCUUCUCCGUUUCUUACCCGUAUCUCCAUGGCGACAGACGCCACUCCCAAGUUCCAAAACCCGGACUUUCGGCCGGUCCCGCAGCCCCCAGAUUUCCACCCAGAGCUAUCCGUUUCGGACCACGACGGCCUCCGCUUCUGGCAGUUUAUGAUUGCCGGUUCAAUCGCCGGAUCGAUCGAACAUAUGGCCAUGUUCCCGGUCGACACCGUGAAGACCCACAUGCAGGCUCUCGGGUCAUGCCCGAUCAAGUCCGUCGGCGUUAGACAAGCCCUCCGAUCGAUUUUGAAAUCAGAGGGCCCUGCAGGGCUCUAUAGAGGCAUCGCCGCGAUGGCUCUCGGCGCCGGGCCGGCGCACGCAGUGUACUUUUCGGUUUACGAGGUGUCCAAGAAGUUCUUCUCGGGUGGGAACCCGAAUAACCCGACGGCGCACGCUGUCUCCGGCGUGUGCGCCACGGUGGCGAGCGACGCGGUGUUUACGCCAAUGGAUAUGGUGAAGCAGAGGCUUCAGCUGAGCAAUAAUCAUUACGCGGGGCUCUGGGAUUGCGUGAAGAGGGUGUUGAGAGAGGAAGGUCUUGGAGCGUUCUACGCAUCGUAUAGGACCACGGUGUUGAUGAAUGCACCGUUUACGGCUGUGCACUUUGCGACUUAUGAGGCUGCCAAGAGGGCCUUGACGGAGAUUUCACCUGACAGCGCCAGCGACGAGCAGUGGGUUGCUCACGCCACCGCUGGGGCUGUGGCUGGGGCCUUGGCUGCCGCCGUGACUACGCCCCUCGAUGUGGUCAAGACCCAAUUGCAGUGUCAGGGUGUUUGUGGAUGUGACAGAUAUCAGAGUGGCUCAAUCAGGGAUGUAAUUCGAACAAUAGUUGAAAAGGAUGGAUACAGAGGGCUCCUGCGCGGAUGGGUUCCACGGAUGCUUUUCCAUGCUCCUGCUGCUGCUAUCUGCUGGUCUACAUACGAAGCCUCAAAAACUUUCUUCCAAAAUCUCAAUGAUACCAGGAAAAGUGGCACUGUCACCUAAAUAACCUUCAUAAAAGGGCAUUCAUUCCUCUCAAGUUUUUUGUUUAUUGAUAAGUAGACAUUAUUCUCGAUUUAAUUGAUAACUAGAAGUGUACUUCACAACUGGGAUGUGAAAGCAAGAUAAAUCAGCAUUUUUCCCAAUGAACUGACCCCAAGUUUCAAAGGUAGUGGUCAGAGUAAUUGGUGAGUCUUAGAAUUCAUUGUUGUUGUAUACGAUGUCUAUUAUCUUACAUCGAGUAAUUUUUAUUUUUCUUUCUGCUA